CACACGUCAAGUUUCAUCCUAGACGCCAGCGCUCGUUCCUCCCCUGGCGGAGCAUUUCACCUCCCACGGGUGUACAUUUCCGCCGCUUCCAGAGCUCGCGCAAGCCCGCGUUGCACGCGAAACAUUGCAAUGGCGCCUCUUCGGAAGCGUGGUAAUUACUGUUGUGUUGUUAACUGCCAUAACAGCAAUGUAAACACGAAAGGGUUGAUGCCACCAGUCAGAUUCUACCGAUUCCCAACUAAAUGGUACGAAAAAAGCAGACGACAGGCAUGGAUUACCGCAGUGCGCCGAACAAAUGCUGAUGGAAGUCCGUGGUCGCCAACAGAGACAACACGGAUUUGUAGCAGACAUUUUGUUGGAAACUGCAAGAAUGACAGUAACCAACACCCGUCGUAUGUGCCGACCAUUUUUCCGGCGGCGUACAAGAAACGGACACCUGACCCAGAAGUGGCGCAGAGGUGGAAACGGCGUUUUGAAAGGGCAGCCAGAACAAAUUCUGCGGAGCAGGCUGUGCCGCAGAGUACUCCUCAAGUUGAUCCAGCAGUGCAAGAUCAAGAUACCACUGCUUGCCUGGGCUUCGAUGACACACUUCUAAGUGAUUUGGAAUCACCAGAGAUGCCUCUUGCACCCAUCAGUGAUGAUGACCCUCAGCCUUCGGCAGUACCUUGUGAAAGACUAGGACAGGCUCAUCCAGUUACACAAGCUGAUGCUGCAUGCCAAACAGAGCCAGAAUGCCGAGGAAACCUGAUCAUCCUCCUGUCAACAACAAACGGGUCUGAGGCAUCAACUCAAGUUUCUCACACCGAACAAUGUGACAAGGUCACUGGGACUGAUGGAAGCUGGAAGAGGAAGUGUGAAUUCUUUGGAUUUGAGACACUUAAGCAAAAGGAGACUGCUUUGCGAGAUAUAUAUGCGGAGUCACCAUACAGGUCUUUAGUCUUUUGCUCAAUGUUCUGCCACAGCCCAGCUACCGAAGCACAGACAUGACCCGUGAGGACAAGCUUUGU